AUGCCGAUAAUGAAGGAUGCAUCUGAGCCCUUCAUAGCACAGAUUCCCAACGCAGACAUUAAUGUAUCUGUUGUGGAAAGGCUGUCAGAAUGGGUCCAGCAGCAGUAUAUAACAGCACCCCAACCAGCCCUGGGCAGGAACUUCCUGGUCAGUAUGUAUGGACAGACACCAACUCUAGAUCCUCACACAGCAUUUCCUCACCUCAUUCUGUCAGACAGUAACCGAUUUGUAUCAGGAUCAAAACGCCAGCAACCUUAUUUUGAUAGCCCAAAAAGGUUUAACUAUUGGUGGCAGAUUCUAUGUACCGAGAGAUUGAGCUACGGUCGUUGCUACUGGGAAGUGGAGAUCGGAGGAGAUCGCCGUCGGUGGGAUGUUGGAAUGUGUUAUGAGAGCUUGAGUCGGAAAGGCAAAGGGAAAGAAUGCUCACUGGGACAGAACAAAGAGUCAUGGUGUCUAUACUCAGAGCCAGGGAGCCUUGCAGCCUUGCACGAUAACAAUGCCACUAAACUAACAGCUCAAAUGCCCACAAGAGUGGGAGUCUAUGUGGACUUUGAGGCUGGAAUAAUCUCAUUUUACAGUGUAUCUGACAGGAAACUAACACUACUACACAACUUCCGGGAGCAAACAUUUACUAAGCCCCUCUAUCCAGCUCUGGGGGUGGCUGAUUUCACAACAUCCCUGGCAUUGUGCAGUUUAAAGUAAUGCAUUAUCACUGCUGAUAUUAAAAAGGAAGUGAUCAGAUCAAAAAUUGCAAAUGUCUGCCCUUUAACGGUAGUGCAAACACUUACAGU